AUGUACGGAGGGCUGGGGCUGCCCGCGCUGCGCGGGUUGCCCGCCCUGCCCGGGGCGCCGGGACCCCCCGGUCCUCCGGGCCACCCCAUGUCGCAGCUGUUCCACGCGUCCCAGUUCCGCUUCCCCGUCAACCUGGGCGCCUUCGGCUUCCCGCCGGCACUGCUCGCCCCGCAGGGCAUCCGCUUCGGACACCUCGCGGGGUCGCCGCUGCCGCCGCCCGCCGGGGCGCCGGGCCAGGGGCCGUCGUCGGCUAGCCCGCCCAUGCCGCCGUCGUCCGCCGUGCCGCUGGACCGGAGGCCGGCGUGGACGCGGGACCACCGCGCCGCCAUGGAGGACGCCGAGCACGCCGACAAGGCCGGCGACGCAGACGGCGAGGACGAGGCGGCCAAGCGGCGGCGCUCGCGGACCAACUUCAACAGCUGGCAGCUGGAGGAGCUGGAGCGGGCCUUCCUGGCCAGCCACUACCCCGACGUGUUCAUGAGGGAGGCGCUGGCGCUGCGGCUCGACCUCAAGGAGUCCAGGGUGGCGGUGUGGUUCCAGAACCGGCGGGCCAAGUGGCGCAAGAAGGAGCACACCAAGAAGGGCCCCGGCCGGCCCGCGCACAACGCGCACCCCCAGACCUGCAGCGGCCAGCCCAUCCCCGAGGAGGAGCUGCGCCGCAAGGAGCAGGACCGCCGCGAGAAGAAGAUCCGCAAGUCGCUGGAGCGCCAGCAGAAAAAGCUGGCCGCCAAGGGCAUCACGGUGGACAUGGAGACGCUGCGGAUGGAGUGGGAGGCGCAGCAGCGCGCCAAAAGCAGCAAGAACAACAACGGCAGUACGGCCAACAACAACAACAACAACAACAACAACAACCAAAGAACCGGAAGCAAGGAGCAGGGCGUGAGCUGGCACGUCCCCGCGUCGCAGCUUUCCUGCGACUGGUCCAGCGGCUGCAGCGAGAUGAGCUCUCGGAUGGGCGACGCCGGCGAGGGCUGCCCGCGGGACUCGUACCGCGAGAUCGACGUGGUGGGCGACGAAGCGGACGACGCCGAGGACGACGACGACCACCACCACCGCCUGCUGUCCCUGGACCACAACGAGGACGCGCCGCGCCCGCCGCGCAGCGAGGCCCUGGAGGCGGUCAACUACGUGAAGCGGGGCUCACCCCUUGGCCCCCGCAGCCCCUGCAGCGGAGUAAUUAUUCUAUUAAUGGUUUCCCAGACUGCGUGA